CGAUGGAAUAAAUUCAGAAUUUUCGGAAAAUCGACAUUCUUGUAUAUGUGUGAGUAGCAUAGCAGAUUGGAAGCUGUAGAUAAGUCUUUGAAAUCAUGAACUACUCUUUGAAACGGGAAUACUUGGAAAAAUGGAUGUCCUUGAUUGAUAAACAUCCCUUAUCGCGAGGAAUCCACGAAGAAAUAUUGAAGGUGCCCCCGGCACGUUCUGCCAGCAUGUCCAGUCUUCGGAACCCAUCUGCGCACCCAUUGAUAAACAUUUCGGACCAUGACAGAUCUGUGUCGUAUUCCUCGGACGAGGAGUCCAGCAACCCGACUUCACCAUAUCACCAGGCGCGAAAUCAGCAAGGUGCGCUAAGCGAUCGAUCUAAGGAGUCGGAGAACGACGAGCUUCUAUCAGAGAACGAUUCGGACUCUAAGCAUCACACGAAGCAUGUGGAAACGUUAUCGCCCAAAUUUACAAGAUCGGAUUCUGUAAAAUUUAGGAGGCAGUCAAAUGGAAGACAUAGCCGGAAAGGUUCGCAGCCAAUAGGAAAUGCCACUCCACCUAAGCCAUCACGGAGAACCUCGAGUUUGAAGCUAAAACGUAUGCACUUAGAUGUAAACAAUCAGACACGAGAGAAAACCAUGCCUUGCCUACCCAAAUGCAGUAAUAGACCAACGAAUCCAGCAAUUACCAUUACAAUUGAAUCUGAUGACGAAUCUAUCUAUAGUGAUUAUUUGAAUCCUGAUGUUAAUUACAAGAAUGAUGUAAACCAUGUGCAUUUUGUUGGGGACGAUACAUCCCUGUAUGGAACUCCAAAAGAGGAGUUAUUACCUCCGACAGGGGACUCGGCCUCCACGGACCAGUAUAACAAGACUAGUCCCACUAGUUUCCUUAAGGAGCAAAUUAUUUCAUUUUUUCAACCCUCGGAUAAUAAACUAGCUAUGAAGCUGUUUGGAAAUGAAAAUUCACUACGGAAAGAGAAAAUGCGACAUAAGCGGGUGGGGAAUUGGGUCAUACAUCCAUGUAGCAAUUUCAGGUUCUAUUGGGAUCUAUUCAUGUUGGUACUUCUACUAGCAAACCUUAUAAUCUUACCAGUAGCCAUAUCAUUCUUCAACAAUGAUCUCACCGCUGAAUGGAUCGCAUUCAAUUGUAUUUCAGACACUGUUUUCUUUUUGGAUAUUAUAAUCAAUUUCCGAACAGGUAUAAUAUUGAAUGACUUCGCUGACGAAAUCAUUUUAGAUCCCAAGUUGAUAGCCAAGCAUUAUGUGAAGUCUUGGUUUUUCCUUGAUCUCAUCAGUAGUAUUCCAAUGGAUUAUAUUUUUCUCUGGUGGGAUUCUGAGGCCGACUUUUACCAAAUGAUCCAUGCAGGUACGAGCUCGCGAGUGGAUGCCGGCUCUUAUUGGCAAGGAAGGGCGUUAAGGAUUUUGCGUUUGGCAAAGCUGCUAAGUCUUCUACGAUUGCUGCGAUUGUCUCGUUUGGUACGAUACGUACAACAGUGGGAAGAGUUUGAAGCCUGUCCUUGUUUGGGUAUGUGUGGACGCCGAAAACGACCUGGGUUUCUUGCUGUAGCUGGAAAAUUUAUGCGGAUCUUUAAUCUGAUAUGUCUUAUGCUACUACUCGGCCACUGGAAUGGGUGUUUGCAGUUCUUAGUGCCAAUGUUAGAAGAUUUUCCAAAAGACUGCUGGGUUUCCAUUGAAGAAUUGAAGAAUGCUUCAUGGUUUACACAAUACACAUGGGCGUUAUUUAAAGCUUUGUCCCACAUGCUCUGUAUCGGAUAUGGACGUUUCCCGCCACAAAAUAUGACAGACACGUGGUUGACUAUUUUGAGCAUGCUUAGUGGUGCUACUUGUUAUGCACUUUUCCUCGGACAUACAACAACGAUCAUUCAAUCAUUUGACACCUCACGACGGCUUUAUAAUGAAAAGUUUAAACAAGUUGAGGAAUACAUGAUAUACAGAAAGUUACCCAGAAAACUACGACAAAGGAUAUCGGAGUAUUAUGAACAUCGUUAUCAAGGCAAAAUGUUUGAUGAAGACAAUAUAUUGGUUGAAUUAAAUGAGUGUCUUCGUCAGGAGGUUAUCAACCAUAACUGUCGAGCCUUGGUGAAAUCCGUGCCAUUUUUCACAAAUGCUGAUCCCCAGUUUGUUUCUGAGGUAAUCAGUAAAUUGGAAUUCGAAGUCUUUCAACCUGGGGAUUAUAUCAUUAAAGAAGGAACUAUGGGAACAAAAAUGUACUUCAUUCAAGAGGGAAUCGUCGACAUUAUCACCAAAGAUGGCGAGAUCGCCACUUCUCUGUCUGAUGGCUCAUACUUUGGUGAAAUAUGCUUACUCACAAAUGCCAAAAGGGUUGCUAGUGUACGUGCAGAAACUUACGUGAAUCUUUAUUCGUUGUCUGUUGAACAUUUUAAUACAGUAUUAGAAAGAUAUCCACUCAUGCGCAGAACUAUGGAAAGUGUUGCCGCUGAAAGAUUAACCAAAAUUGGCAAAAAUCCAAGCAUUGUUAGUAGCAGAGCUGACCUUGAGGAAGAUCAAAAGUUGGUAAACGAGAUAGUUAUGGAAUCGACACCAGUUGUCACAAGUGCGAGUGAGGACGAGGAUAAAGAUUCAGAUGACAGCUCAGAAAGUUCAAAGAGUUCACGUAGAAAAAAGAAAUUUAAGUUUGACUUUACUGGAAAACUACACAAAAUUACGGAGGAACGAAAAUCGAAAUCUAGAGAAAGUAUCCAUAAAGAUUCUCUUGAAAUGCCAAAUGGUAAAAUGGAAAAAUUACGGAAAUUACCAUCCGGCUCUAAUUUGUUCGGAUUACGGGUAGGAUUUGCAGGCUUCACGGAUAGAAAACGUUCAGAGAGUGUGGGCGCAAAUCUAAAUUCUAUAGACCGCCGUGAUUCUGAUCAAAGUCAAACCGAAACAGGCAAUCUUCCACGCCGUGCCAGUUUUCUAGGAACGAGGUUCUUUAAAGCAAAGGAAUUAAAGAGAGAAAAGAAGCAAAGGACGCAAUCAACAGGUGGUAAUGAUUCGCCCUUGUCUGAGGGUAAAGGUGGUGUGAUUCAAUUUUUAACAGUACCUUUGCAAGCUGAAACACGAUAUAAACUGAAGGGAAAGAAAUCAAGAUCGGAAUUAUCUAUUUCACAAAAAGAAUCAACCAGUAUGCAUUCCCAAAACAUGUCUGAAGAACCUGCUUCAAAUGUGCAAUCAAGCAGUGAAAAUUUGCCGAAAAUUGAAACUGUGGUGCAUCAUACAGAUAGGGCUAAAGAAUGCGUUUAUCAGAUAGAAAAUCUAGAUGAAAAACCUGGUAGUUCUUGUUUUUAAUGUUUUAUUUUUCAUGUCUCGUUCAUAUAAUCUUGGGUUAUCUUGAAAUAUAUACUGAUCACUUCAGGAGUUCGUAAGGGGAUCAAUUAUCAUGUUCAGCAUGCCAUAUCACACAUAUAAAUUUAUCAAGAUGAAUGCAAGUUUAAUAAUUAUGCAACCAAAGAGUAAUUAAAAUAUAUUUUGAUAUGUUAAUGCAGGAAGUGAAGGAUUGCCUUUAUUGAUUUCGUAUUCAAAUCAAUACAAUGUUUUUUUUAGAUUUUCUAAAAUCUCUGUUUAAUCUAGGCUAAGAUCCAGUAAGGCAGCUUAAUUACUGUAUACGAUGAAUUCUAUUUCCAGUAUUGAAGAACAUGUCUUAACUCCAUUAGAAAUGUGCAUUUAAAGUCAUAAGCCUAUUGUCUAAGAUCUUUUGAUGUCCCUAUCAAUUCUAGACGUUUAGCUGGCUUCUCUUCGAACAAUUCUUAGGUCUUUCGUCACCAAAUCACCAGUGUAUAAAUAUGCAGUUAUCAAAAGGUAGGGUGGAUGUUUGAUUCUAUACUUUUGAAGCGAAAAACCUUCAUUGUCAAAGUAGAUUAUAUGUAAUAACUGAGCUAAUGAUCUAACCUGAGAAAAACAUAAAAUGGAAUUUGAUGUCCUAAGUAAAUGCAGUUUAAUGAUCUUUUAUAAGCUACAACCACUUAUACAAAUUAGAACGAGUAAAUCUACCAUAAUUGUUAAUCCUUGUAAAUUCCUAGCAAUGUCUGGGUAUUUUAUCCAUCAUUGCACAUCUUUAACCCUAAUUAAUCACUGUAUCAUCCUUCAUUGAAACAUGUUAAGGCGCAAAUCAACCGUUGCUAAUAACACAGAUUUCUGAAUAUUCCUUGAAAGUAAAAUCUAAUGUUAACUGUCUAGAUCUGCCUGUAUGGAUUAAAAUCCAUGUUUCACGGCCUCUCGACAUAUCAAUCAAUAUUUCUGUGAUCUUGACUAUGAUGAAACUGGAAAUUAUUUGAAAACAAUGAAGUAACUUUUCUACUGCACCUCACUGCGAAGUCUGAUUUAUGCUUUCAAACUGAUUCCAUGUUAAACUAAAAGGCUUUUUUCUCAUUUUGAAGCCAAUUAAGAACUGGAACAUUAUAGUUUUUUCUGUAAACAUUGAUGGUUCGAUUGAUUAUAAUUCCAAUAGAAAUGGUUUUAACCAUAAUUUGCAAGAGUAACGUUUAUCUCUUAUCAAUUAAACAAUAGAAUGUAUUGAACUUAACACUGUUAAUUAUUUCGCUGUUUUAAAAUUUAUCUUAUAACAUUUUCAAUAUUCGAAUGUUCUGUGAUUUUGUCGUGCAAUUGCAUUGCACAUCAUGUGUGCCAAAUUGUCAUUUUGUAGUGUGUAGUCAACAACGAAUUUUGUUAUUUUCAUCUUAUUUGCAAACAAGGAGAUAUGGAUGAUCUUUCAGAUACAAAGCUUUAGAUUGGUUGAUGUUUUAUUAUCAGUAUUAUAAUAGUGUGUCUCACAUCAGUUGUGUAUCGACGAAAAACAGUCUUCUGUAAUUGGAUAAAUUAAUAAUAGAAAGAUAUUUUCCCUGUUUGAAAGUUAGUAUUCUGCGUAUAACAUCCUUGCAGUUUUAUAUCACUUAUAUCAUAGUACCUUUACAGGUCUCCUUUUCAAACAUUGAUUCUUCUGCACACCAAGUUAUCCCGAAUUCAUUCUGAUCCUCUGAUAAACACAUUCCAAGCAGUUUUUUUUGUUUGUACGUGUGGAAGUUAUUUUUAAUUUGUAGUUUACAGGCUCAUUAAAUGUGCAAUGCAAUCUCUUUUUUACAGUAAAGGAGAUAUCGAAUUUGGCCUGUACGUUAUGUAAUAAGAAUAGAGUAUUUUUGUUCCAUAGAGUGUUAUUUUGCAGAUAACAGCGACUGUGAUAUUAUACAUGCAUCUUGUUUCUUUUUAAUAUUUGUUACAUCUUUAUUUGUGUCAGAUAUUAUCUCGUCCUGAUAUAAUAUCAAGGGUAGAGGAAAAAUACUGAUUUUUCACUGUGUUAUCAGAAUAAAGAUACAGAUCAAGUUA